GCUCCCCUUCCUCUUCAUUUGCUCCUUGAACUUGUGCUGCGAGAGACAACUUUCUUACUUAUCUGAGAAACCCAAUCGCGAGCUGUGUCUUAGUAUUCUAGCCGGUGAUAAGGCGUUGAAGAUAAGCCGUGGAGAUUAUUAUGUUAUUCAUUUUUAUAACAUUCAAAAAUUAGAAACAUUCCAGUGACACUAAUUUUGUGAUUUAUAGUUUUUCAAAAGCAGCAUCAUGUUGUCUGCAAUGAUAGUUAUUGGAAUUGGAACCAGUGUUAUAUUCGUGUGUUUGCAAAUAGUCGAUUCACGAGCAAUCAUUAAAAAAGUGAGCUACGAGGAUAACAAGAAGGCAUCUCAGUACUACGAGGAAAAUUCAUAUUGGGAGCCAAUUGAUCGUGCUAUCUCGACAAAGGAGAUGGACAAUAUGACCGGUAACUACGACCCCAGCUUCGUUGUGCUGUCACGGUGCGACUACGCGUCCGGCUUUUGUCGGGGCAAUUCAGGCAACAAAAAAUAUCUCCGCGAGAUCAUCAAAAAAGUGCAAUCGGUUGAGGUGCAAUUCAAGAAUAUGGCCAAUGGAAAUAUUGUCACUGUUGUCCUGGAGAACCACACUGAAUGUGGCUGCUCUUCCAGAAAGAGUGACUCUCUAUGGCACAGAGUGUCCUACAAGGUAGAAUCGGUAGAAGGUGCACCAAUCAACAGCGACCAACAUCUGUUGCUGGGUGGAGUAGCAGCCGUCACUCAACCACUUGUAGCGUUGGACGUUCCAUCAGGCGACACCAAUCCUAUGAAUCCUGCAACAUCAUCAGCCACAAUGUGUGCACUAAGGUCACAUCUCACAACGAUGCUACUCCUUUUCUUAAUGCUCAAUUUCACCAGCUUAUAACCAUUAUCUAGCUUUUAUAUUGUACUGUUUAAGUAGUACUGCUCACUAUAUACCAUUACCUGUUAAGAGUACAAAUUUGUUGUAAGUAGGUAUAGUUCAAGUGCACGACUGAUAUUUAUUAUAUUAAACAUAUUUAUUAUU